AUGUCGACCAUCACAACGACCCCCUCGUUCCUCAAACUUCCUUCGGAGCUUCGCCUUAAAAUAUGGUCCAACCUACUCCCUGGACCUCGCACCCUCCCUAUCCGUUACUCCCGAGCUAACAAUACCUAUUUCACCACUUUUCCCCCCUCAGUUCUCCUAUCCAUCUCAUCCGAAACCCGCACUCUUUUCCUCGAACACUACGUCCUCCUCCGUCUCAAUUCCUCCUAUGACUCCACUAUAUACAUAAAUUUCUCCCUCGAUACGUUGUGUUUUGACCACGAAGAUUGUUCGCCGGCGGGAGAUCUGGCUAUGGAUUUUAAGAACUGUGUGCAGAGGGAUUUGAUUCAACGGGUUGAUAUUGAUGCGCAUUUAUGGGAAAUUUUGCGGUUAUUUCGUUUCGAUGAUCUUUCCGAGAUUAAAUAUUUACGCGGGUUGCGAAAUCUUUCGUUGUUUUUGAAGAGUCAUGAAGAGGAUUUUCAUCUUUACUAUGGGGAGGGAUAUGAAAGGAGUCAGUUGUUGAGGGAGAGGGAUUUGUUGGAUGGUAGGAUGUUGUUUGAGGGCCAGACGACGAAUAAGGAUCGCGCGCAGUGUCACUUGUAUGUAGAGUUGGUGACGAGGGGGUUGGAACAUGGGGAUGAGGAGUGGAUUAAUGGGAGACCGAGUGUGCAGAUGUGGAUAAUAUGA